CCCGAAACUGUCGGAAGGCAUCAUUGUUUCUCCGACGUGCAUCCGCAACAAACUUUCUUGUGCUAAAGUGUUUUACAGCCAUUACAUUUCACGUAAACUGUUUUCCGUGUCCUCUGAAAAGACUUGUCUCGGAAGUUGUUAGUGCAUGGCGUCCGCCGGCAGCCCCCAACUCUCGUGCUUGUUAAAAUGCUCUACCGAAAUGGUUGCUAUUGGAGAUGCAGCCUGCGCUUUGCUGGAGUCUGCACCGUGCAGUUCAAGCCCUCAACGACGUUGGUACUCAGUGCUGGCAGAGCUUCAAUCCUCUGCAGACCCCAAUGCGGCUUCAGACGACUCUGUAGAGCUUGUAGCAAAGCUUCUUCGUGAGGCGCUGCAAUGUGUUCAAGGAGACGAGCAGUGGAAUUGCUCGGGAAUUGCGCAAAUGCUUCAGCGCGCGCUUGAAAUGUCCGAACGCGGCUGCGUCCAGUCCGCGCGGAAAGCCGCGGUCGGCUUGCUGGACUUCCACAAGAUGGUAGAGAAGUACCGACAGGUUGUGGCAUCAAAAACAAAGUCCUCGAGCAGCGGGCACUCAAGUUGCUCAGGCAAGCGCGUGGGCAGCGAGGAGAUGGAUUCGGAGUUCACGGAGGACGCCUGUGGGCCGCUGAAACGGCAGCGAACAACACCUGUCGAGGAGGCCAGCGUGGCCGACGACAUUCCCAUCGACCAGCGCCCGGCAGAGUUCGCCGUUCCGCACCUUCCUGCGAAGAAGAGCCCACACCCCGCACCGCACAGCCCAGUCGCAUCAACCGCCAGCGCGCCGGCAGUUCCUGCCUCGGUUGCAUGGACUGGCAGCAUCUGGCAGUCGGGCCCCAACGGUCGUGACCUGGUUUACUGCAAAAUUAGCGUGCCGUUGCCGGAAGAGUGCGCCAAGGAGCUUGCAGACGCUCAGCACCUGGAGGUUGCUCAGCUCGCGCCGCGCCGUGCAGUCAAGCUUGGGCGACAUCGCGUGUGCAAGUGCACCUUUGUUGAGGCGUCCGCAGCUCAGCUCUCCAAGCUCAAAUCUAUGGCCCAGAACGAGCUUGUUGCACUCGCGCCGCUUGAGAAGCACGGCCUUAUCCUGGUUCCUUACCUCGACAAUGCGGGCAGCGUUCGAUUGGUCUGCUUUUGCCUCGCGCUGUGAGCUUACCAACUGGCCAGCGGAUUUGACGGAAAGGCGGUGUAUUGAUGAUAGUAUGUGAAGCCGUCAGCGACAACUGAGUUAGUCGAAGACAAAUUUUGACGACCAGGUGGUGUUGGAUUGGGCCCCGCGCGCCCUGUGUUAGCUGAUGACCCUCGGUAUUCCGCCGCAAGCCCUUGUUUGACGGACGCCGGGUGACCUUUGAGAAAGAUAAUUGCUGUUGUUAGGGUGGGUUUGUACCAACGCUUUCAGUUAUGGCAGUACGUGGUCCCCUUCGUGUCCGUACUGCGGUGCAUAUUAGGUAUGUACGUGCCAUUAUGGCACGUCGGUCUUGUCGUCGGUUCUAGUCGCUUGCUUUGCUUGCCUGCUUGAGAGGAGACAAUCCCUGUGCUAGUGUUGUUAACAUCGAUCAUGGUAGCUAGAGAGUCGUACCAUAAGCCGAGGUGAGGUGAGAAGAGGUGAGGGAUGCUUGGAGUGAGGCCCCUUAUUUUAUUGCUUGCUUGCUUAGUUGGCUGGUGGGGGUUAGUUGCUGUAUAGAAGCGAAGUGUGGUGAAUGAGCUGAUCAAAGAAAGGAGUGUGGUCGUGAAGGGAAGAGUGACGCUACCUAACAUUUGCUGGUUUUGUGAGGCUUGGCCGGGUUGCUUGCCACCAAUGGCGGUUUCCUCUGCCUAUUGCUUAGUGAGACAUAUAAUGUACUUUUAGCUUCGGUGAAGGAGCUGUGCUGUUGUGGCCGUCCCUCGCGGCUGACUCAACCUUCUUGGUUGGACCCGCGGGUCGGUCCGGGCUUGAACCAAGGUCGACUACACUCCAGUGUUGACCUGGGGGUUGAGCUGCUGCUGUGUACCCUCUUUAUCACGCGUUAGUUUCUGUCGAGAGUUGCGAGCUAUGUGGGAGGGGUUUGCCAAUGCACGAUCGGAUGAAGAGCGUUGCUUGGGUGUCUCUUAUAGAGUGUGUUGUCAAUCCCGGUCCACAUUGAGUGUUAGUAGCUGUUAGUUGUGUUGUGUCAGGCCAGUUGCACAUCCCUUGCUGCUGCUGCUGUUCGCAUGGGUCUCAGAAGACUGCGCUGAGCUGGGAUGCGCCGGUGCCCCCGGUUUGCCCUGGGGAUGACUCGCCUGCGCCUGCAUGUGCCGGAUGCACCCAUUGUUUGCCUAUGACCGCUACUGUCACCCGAAGACGUGGUAGGCAUCGUACCAUAAAGGCCAUUCCUAAUUAGCGGUGGCCAUGAUUCUUAAUGAGGCGGAAGAGAGACUGUGUGCGUAUGCGCGAAGUACGUGUGUGUGCUUUUCCUGAGUUUUGCCGGACUGCUUUUGCUUAUUUGGCUUUUCCUGCCUCUUAUUUGACCCGAAACGACAAUCAAAGAUUACCAUUGACAAGAACAACAGCAACGUCGGCUCGCACUGUUUGCACUGCUGACUGGGACGUUACGCGGCGCUGCAUUAUGCGCGCUCGCAACGGUUUUUGUUCUGCUGAGGACGGCUGUCACCUCCCUUCAUUGCUGUAAGAUCCACAUGAUUCCAA